UUUUUUUUUCGCUCUUACUUUUUGCAAGUAUGCCUACUUUUUCAUCAAAACCAUUUCAACAUAGACCCAACCAAGUAUCAUCAGCAGUACAGAAAAUCAAGAAACAUCCAUUUGUACUUUUUGGUCUUCCUUUUAUAGCUGUAAUAGUAGGUGGAUCCUUUGGUUUAGCACAAUUGACACAAACUCGAUAUGACCAUCGUGACUUACGACAUCGAAAGGUUGCGAAGGAGGAGGCACUAGGGAUGGACAAAAACCGACGUCCUUUAAGUAUACAAGAAGAAUAUUUCCGAUUACAAGCUAAAACAGAAGAAGAUUGGGAACAAGUACGGGUAAAACGGCCACCUGGUGUUGACGAAUGAUAUAUAUAUAUAUAUAUAUAUAUAAGCACGCAUCCAUACCUAUAUUCAGACUUUUCAUCUUCAAGCACAUACAUACAUACAUACUUCUUUCUGAUACAUUUUUUGAUUUCCUCUUAUUCGUAAUAGAUAAAAAAAAAACGUAAACAAACUAUAGAC